AACAGCCAAGCGGUACCGCACGCACUUUAUCGCUUAAGAGACAGCGCUAUAUAUUCACUUGAAGCAUUUCUCCAUUGGGCACAGUUAACCAGUGCUGCGUAGUCCGCCACAGCAGAAACGACACACUUUUAUUUCAAUAUCACCAGUACAGAUGCAAGGAGAAAACAAUUAGAUGAGUGAUUAUGGCCGGCUGUCUCGCUCGUUCUGGCGACACUAUGACGUCAGGAGCUCGCGAGAAUCUGGGUCUGCAUGCGUCAUCGAUCCAUGGAAACGCACGGUACUGUGAACUGAAAAUUUAAUGUUUUGUGUCGCUGAUGAAUCUUCUUUGUUCAAAAGUGCUCUGUUUUAAGAUUGCGCAUGCAUUUUACCAGUUAUUGAUCGUGAAUUGAUUAGCAGUAAACACAAAAUGGAAAGGAUGUCAAUUUCUCUUUUUAGAUCAAGUUGUUAGGAUUAAUAAAUGUGUCUGGCUCUAUUCGGUGUCCUUGACUAUAACAACAAAACGUAAGUCUUAGUGUGAUAUUCUUGUAAAUAAUGGAUAUUCAUGAACGCUUUAAAGAUAGAACGACGCGAGAAGGAUGUGCAAUUUACGCAUCGUAAACAAAGCUGUGUGAGAUGCCAUCGACCGAUUAUUAUCGGGCUGUUGUCGACCAAAACAUAGACAACGGUUCAUGUAGCAGCCGAAACCAAAUCCAUUCCAUCCAAACAAACCCGGACUCAUCACAGGUCAAUUCUGAAGACUGUGACAAUAAUGAAAACGAUAUGACGUUCUCCAAAAAUAACUCGGAUAUAAAAAAAGACAAAGACAUAUCAUGUGUGGCGGAUCAAAAACCGAGAACGCGCAUUGACUUCGGGGAACAUUUUCCUGACGGUGGCUGGGGCUGGGUGGUAACGGUGGCCGCGACAUUGGUGUAUAUUCUAUGUAAUGGUAUGCACCAUGGUUUUGCUAUCCUCUAUCUGAGCAUUCAUGAAGAUAAUUCGAUCAAGAUAACUGAUAUAUCCACAGUGUGGUUAGGGACCAUUGGCCUGGGAAUCUCGCUACUUCUGAACCCCGUGGUGGUAACUAUUUGCCAAAGGAAGAGCCCAAGAUCAUGCGCAGUGAUCGGGGGUGUCAUUUGUUCCCUGGGGGUUCUUCUGCUGUCCUUCUCCCGAAAAGUCGACCAGAUUUUUAUCAUCUACUGCGGGAUUCUGUCCGUGGGGACGGGCAUAUGCCUCAGUACCGCCAGCGUCAUCGUGGGGCGGUUUUUUCUCCAGAGACGGGAGCUGGCGGAGAUGAUAGUGACCAGCGGCACCGGGGCCGGGACUGCUGUCAUGGCUCUCGUGAUCUACGGGCUCAAUAGGAACAUGACGUGGAUGAAGACGAUGCAAUGUUUGGUUGGUGUCUUUGUUCUGACCAUUGUGGCGGGCGCCUUAUAUCGCCCCGCGUCUAUGUAUCAUCCUCGCCGGAAGAUGAUCAUGCACAUCAAAAGUCAGAAAAAAACGAGAAGAGACCAGGAGGAAGUUGAACCGCCGUAUUUUGAUUUCAGUGCUCUGCACAUGCGUGGAUUGCAAGCCCUUAUGAUAAUUUCCAGCAUUUCUGCCUUUGGAAUAUUUGUGCCAUUCAUAAUCUUGGUUAAAAUCGGAAACGAUCGCAAGAUGUCGGAAGUAGACCUGCUCCUCAUUAUUCUGUACCUGGGCCUCGGUUUCAGUCUCGGUGUACUUGCUCAAGGUUAUAUCAUAAUCAAAGACAGCAAAGGAUGUUCCAUCUGCCGGCGUUGCCUCUGUCAGGCCAACUGCCUGGCUUGUGGGGUACUGACCCUUCUGUUGUUACUGGAAAAAGAUUACGAGUCCUUCGCCCUGUAUGCCUGGGGGUUCGGUAUUUUCUGCGGGGGAUAUUUUUACACCCUGAAAAUGUACACCUAUGAACUGGUGAAGUUUAAAAUCAUGGAAAGGGCAUGGGGAUAUGUUUGUGCUGCUCAAUUUUUACCGAUUCUCAUCGGAUCACCCAUAUCAUUGUAUCUCAAUCGUACUCACGAAAAUGAACAUGCUGGGUUUAUUUUUGCCGGUGUUGCGAUGGUGCUAGCGGGACUACUGUUUUUCCUAAUGCCGGCAUUUGAGAAACACAAAUCGAAUUCAGAGGUCCGGCAACUAGCCAAGAACACGUGCAGCAAAAACAGUACAGAAGCAGCUGCUCUCCUGGACCUCGAUUUGACCGAUGCCAUGGUCACCAAACCGCUUAACAACGUACAGUUUAUAGUGUCACCGGCAAGACUAAAACACACGAACAAAGAUGGUGGGAAGUUUCAAAUGCAGUGUUUUAUUCAUCAAAAGGAAAAGGAAAAACCUAAACAAAUCGUUCUGUCAAAAAUCACAGAAGAGAAAGAGGGACUGAGACUUGAUUUCAAUGAGGUGUCGCAUAGUUCUGUUUCUUCUAAAAACAAUGACAACAACGUGCAAGAUAAAGAACCUGUAGAUCCCAGGAAGUCCAAUAUCGCAGACUUCCCCUCAGAUAGUGUGCAGUCAAGCAACGCGGGAAAAUCCAGCUCUGACAGCAGUUACUCAAAGUCUGAAAGGAAACUAAAGAAAAACAUAGAUAAUGUCAAAAUCGAGUUGUUCGAUCCACCUAGUCAGGAAAAGGAAUCCACUGCCACAGUUUCGUAUGACAGCGACCUCUAUAUUAAUUUGUGCGAAGCCCAAGUGUAACUCUUUUCUGUAUAUAUAUCGCCUUUUGACAUCACAUGAUUUUUGCUAUUUUUCAAAGCAAAUUUUGCUACAUUUCAAACAAGCGGUAACUAUGGAGAUUUGUUAGGGUCACUAUUUCCCUCGAGGUUAGGGCUUCGAGAGGGCCAGCCUGCCAAAGUGUAAAAAUACAAUACCGAAGGGGUGAUCUAAGCGUCGUAUUUUCACUUUCGCAUUCACGUUCCCUUGUGCGGCCUUGUGAUUUUUCUACAUGUGAGGGGGCAGAAUUAAAGGAGACAGAACGAGAACGGGAAAUUAGUCUCCCCUGAAAACGAGGGAGCGAGCGGUCCUGAUAGCACGCCAUAUAUUUCAGAUUACAAGCCCUGGUUACGCUAUGGUACAAGAUGUACAUAUACAUAUAUAUUAAUACUACAAAUCACAGCGAGUAUGUUGUUUAUAGUGGUCGCUUCGUCAUGUUGGCCAAUCAUCAUAGAAUGAAACCAAGUGAUUUUUCGACUUUCCAUUGGCUGUGGUUGAUGUUUUUGAGAGAGUUGGUUAAUAUCGGGAAAUGUCUAACAAAUACAAGUGUAAUCAAGAAGAAAAGGCAGGUCUUGAAAAGUUGAUUGACAAGAAAUACAGACAGACUUGGUUCUUCUUUUUUUUAAUUAUUAUUUUUGAUUAGCAUAACAAUAUCAUUAAUUAGCAACACGAAUCUGUUUAUAUACAUUGCACAGCGGCGGCUCUUCAUUAAAAGGAACUGGAGGGUUCCCUUUACGAUGAAACAUGUAAGAGUUGAAUUUCCUUAUAGAAAUACCAGUUUCAUUUUAUGUUUAAUUAUCUCUUGUACAUGUUGCGAUUCUGUAAUAGUACAACAUAUUGUACAAUAUUUAAACUUGUAUAGGUCAAAGGUGUACAAGUUCUAACUUUUAUUUUUGUACAUAUACAAAUUAUUAAUAUAUGGUAUCCAGUCUGAUCAGGAAUACCUCGUUUUAUUUUUCAAACUCAUUCCACAUAAUUUGUGUUUGCUUUGGAUGUAUAUAUAUAUAUAUAUACGUUUUAUCGUAUUGAACAUACUUUGUAUAAAUUUAUUGUCUUGGUAUAUACAUGUACAUGUAAAUUUCUUUGUGUAUUUAUGUUCAUUCAUUGUUUAUGUAAAUAUUUUCAAAGAAUCUCAAGACUGUAUGGUUUUAGUUCAAAUAGAGGAUAGAGAAUAAAGUCUUCGUUCCCCAAUGAUGGGAUUUUCCGACAA